AUGGAAUGGAUGAGCAAUGAAAGGAACUAUUACUUGUCUCCAGAAGGCAUUGCAAAACAGAUCAACCUGAUAUCAAGAGUCCAUAGGCUUGAACAAGCAGAGAGAUAUUUUAGAGGCCUCCCUGAUGCUAAAGUUGAGUUUAAGAUAUAUGCUGCUCUUUUAAGAUGCUAUGUGCAGCAUAAUAAAUCUGUGGAGAAAGCAGAGACAGUCAUGAAGAAAAUUAAGGAGUCUCAUCCUGCGAAUAUAACUAUGUGUUAUAAUAUGGUGUUGAAUCUCUAUGCUCAGAUGGGUAAAUAUGAGAAAUUGGAUAGGUUGAUGCGAGAAAUGAAAGAGAAGGAUGUCUUUAAUGGUAGUACAUAUAUCAUACGGUUAAAUGCAUAUGUGGCCACCUUAAACAUAAAGGGUAUGGAGAAGUUGCUUAUGGAAAUGGAAGUUGAUCCCUUGGCAACCAUUGACUGGUAUACAUACACUACUGCAGCAAAUGGUUAUCGGAAAGUACAUAAUUUUAAAAAGGUCACGGCAAUGUUAAAGAAAUCAGAGCAUUUAGCCAGAGGCAAGACUAAGAGACUUGCUUUUGAAUCUAUUCAAACCAUGUAUGCUAUGAUUGGGAACAAGGAUGAGUUGGAUGACAUUGAUGAGGCAGAGAAGAUCUUGGAAGAAUGGGAAUCUAAAUAUGUAAAUUUUGAUGCCAAAAUUCCAAAUUUGAUGAUCACUGCUUAUUGUAAACGGGGUCAGUUCGAUAAGGCUGAGGCCUAUAUCAAACGGCUUUUGGAUGGUGGCAAGCAAUUAGAUGGAAGAACAUGGGACCGAAUGGCAUCUGGCUAUCACGCAGGUAAUGAUAUGGAGAAAGCAGUUCAGGCAAUGAAGAAAGUUGUCUCGGCAAAUCUAAGUAGACCACUUCCCUUUGUUCUGAUUGCAU